AUGGAAAGUCAAACAUUAACUUCUACAACUUUAUCACGUUCGGAUUCACCAGGUUCUCUGUUGAACGAACGUACCUCGGAUACUUUACAAUCAUCCCCCACCGUUCGAAUAGCCUAUAGUCCAAGACUUGAGAUAUCUAAUCCCCGAGACAAAAAUGAUGUCAAUAAUAAUAAUACCGAUAAUGAUGAACGUCAAAAAAGCAUUAAUAAAUCUGAGAAAAUCUUCCUUCUCCCAGGCACUGAACGUGUAGUUAAAGUCACUAAAAAAUUUGCCUUUUCUAAUGAUAACAAAGAGUACAUAGAUGAUGAAAAUGAAGUCUACAUUGACAAUGAUGAAUAUGAUGAAAAUAAAACAGAAAGUAAAUAUUACAGGACAAAUGUUUCAUUGCAUAAAAGACAUCGUGUUUCACAUCGAUCUGGUCACAGUCGUAGACAACAUCAUUAUCAACAUCGUCAACGUCAUCAUCGACGUCAUCAGCAUUCUUCUGAUCAUCAAGAGAGUAUACAAUCACCGCUAGAUAGUAAUGGAUAUAAAAAACCUGCAACAUCAUCUGUCCUAAGUUCUAUCACAUAUAAUCCAACUAAUAUAGAUCAAAAACGUGUUAUAAGUCGUUUAGAAUUCAUUGCUCCUGAACAUCUUCAGUCAGAUACAAAUGAGAAUGGUAAUACAUCAGGUGAAGGAUACCUUGACAUGAACAAUGAUAUGCAUUCUUAUGUGACUUCACAAAGUAAAGGUAAUCGUUCACCUGGAUUUAAACAAAGUCAAUUAUUUAUGCCGGUCAGUCGUAGUAGUAGUAAACGUAAACAUCUAAAUAAAGGGCAUAAAAAUUAUCAACGUUCACAUUCAUCUUUAAAUAGGCUUCAUUCACGUACAUCAAUGGAAUCAAGUAUCUGUCGAAAGUGUCACAGUGUUAUCUGUCCAAGAUGUCAUGAAAGUGUGAAUACUUUAAGUCAUGAACACUAUGAUUCUAGAUCAUUAAAUCGUGCUGAUGCUUAUUGUAAUCGUAAAGUGAAUGGAAUAAGUUGUCCUUCAUUGGAUCAUAUAUGCCCGUAUAUUUUAAAUCAAAAAUACAAGUCAUUAAGUAAUUCUAGAAUGCAAAUAACACCUGCACUUCAUCACCAUCAUCAUCAUCACCAUCGACAUAUGUGUUUAGCUAAAUCUGUACCAUCACUGAGUACACUUGAUCUAUAUGAUAUACAUCCUGAUUAUCUAAGUUUACAUAGUCUAGGAUCUAAUCGAUUGACAAAUCGUAUGGAAAUUGAAUACAUGCAAAUUGAAGGUGAUGAAAAUUUAAAUAUGACAUUAUCACCAGCAAAAUUGAAUUGGAUUACAGACUUAGCACGUCAAUCGUUAAAUAAAACUAAAGAUCUUGACACAGUAGCUAAAAUGAUGAAAGAAAGUUUGGAUGAAGAGUUUGGUAAAUUAUGGCAUUCCAUUGUAGGCUCUGAUUCAUACGGUAGUAAUUUAGCCACUCUACCAGGAGCGUUAAUCAGUUUCAGAGUUGAUAAAUGGGCUUUUCUACUUUGGCAAACAUGA